AUGACUGGCUCAAAGGAUCUCUCUCCGUCAACUCUCUCCUUUGGUCGAGUAUUCUUCUACAAUCAAUUUUGUGCCAAACCCCAAUGGCCCAAUCCAGGCACCAACCUCUCAGGCAAAACAGCAAUCAUAACUGGUGCCAACACCGGGCUUGGCUACGAGGCUGGCCUGCAACUAUUAGACCUCGGACUAUCGCAUCUCAUUCUCGCCGUUCGAUCUCUCGAAAGGGGCAAUGAAGCCGCUGCCAAGCUACGCAAGCUACACCCCAAGACUACCAUCGACAUCUGGCAGCUUGAUAUGAGCUCGUAUGACUCUAUCCAGGAUUUCGUCAGCAAGGCCGAGCGCCACCCAGCCCGCAUUGACAUUGUGAUUCUCAACGCAGGCAUCAUGAAGAUGGCGUUCUCUAAGAAUUCAAGCACCGGACACGAAGAAACCUUCCAAGUCAACUACCUGUCCACGAUGCUCUUGGCAGGUCUUCUCUUGCCUAUCCUAAAGGCUAAGCGCCCAAACAACGCCGAACCUGCUCGGUUGACUAUUGUCAGUGCAGCACUUACUCUGGCGGCCACCUUUCCCAACAAGGAUGCCAACCCGCUACUCCCAUCCUUCGACGACCCGAAGUACUUCAGCACCGAGACAUACAACUCUUCCAAGCUGAUGGCGCACAUGUUCCUAUGGAAGCUCGUCGACCAUGUCUCCGCCGACGAUGUCAUCAUCAACCUGGCAGAUCCCGCUUGGUGCAAGGGCACCGCCCUCGGACGCGAUGCCCCUGGCUUGCUGAAAUGGGGUCUUUGGGCCUUUGGUGCAACUGGCAGAACCCCACGCGUCGGGGCUUCGUGUUUCGUUGAUGCUGUAGUCAACAAAGGGAAGGAAUCGCACGGCUGUUUCUUGAUGAGCUGGCAGGUCCAUCCAUUUGCUGCCUUGCUGUAUACACCUGAAGGCAAGGUGUUAAUGGACCGCGUCUGGGAUGAGACUUUGGCUGAAUUGGAUUUUGCUGGGAUCGGUGGUAUUCUGAGAACCAUGAAGGAUUGA